CUUCCAUCGAUCAAGGUACCACCACAACCGAUCUGCUUACUGGUGAUCACUAAUGUCUCAUCCGGAAUCUAUUGCCGAGGAACCUGAACACCGCAAGGUCUCUGUCCGCAACGAUUCCCUCAACUUGAACAUCCAGAGCUAUAUGGACAAAAUAAACAUCGGAGACUCCAUGCGGAACAUGUCACACAGCAGACCCGAAACCAGCCGAACUGACGAAGAUACCGAGGGUACAGCUCUCAGUGAGCCAGCCAAGCGGAGUCACCACAGUCUUAGCGGGAGAUUCGAAGACAUCGCAGAGGAAGAGCCUGGCGACGGUUCGUUCUAUAUCUCUCAUUCGAGCAAUAUAGCUGCUCAGCCCCAAUCUACGUUGCCAUUCAGCCUUAACCCACAGGAGCUCCACAGCUUGACGUCACAAUUCUCUGAAUGGACCUUAUCAUCCGAAGAGUCCGUGCAAAGGCAAGGUCCCGACAGAGAGCAUCGUGGGCUCAGAAGCAGCGAUAUUGAGAACCAUGGCCCCAGCGACCAUGAAAUUAGAGAAGGAGACGAUGACCCUAGUGACACCCAUGCUAGUGGAGGGCCGAGUGCCGACAACAGCCCUCUCAGCAAACAAAACACAUCCGACAACGCCCUGUUGCAUGAAAAAAAUCCCAGUUUCGUGCCUGGAACACCUUUCUCGCACCAACUAAUGAACCCCAAGCGGGAACCGACCAAGCCGUACGUGGAGAACGAGUAUUUUGACAGUCCAAGCAAUGUUUUGAGGGAUACUCGGAACCUCGAGACCACCCCACUUGUUCAUUCUCCAGAGGCAGGGAAGGAGAAUGGAACUCCUUCUUGGAUGCCCCCCGCCUUGAGGGAUGAGUGGAUUCCGCAAGAAACGGCACAAUUGAGCGGAUCAAACGCUGCAUCGACGAAGAACCCUGUUGACUCGGCUGGGACAAACUUGGGGACGGUGGUACACGCUUCAGAUAAGGUCGAGACGCCAAACUGGAAGAGAUUGGCGAAUCAAUUGGAAGAGCAAAAGCGCAACCAACCGGUCCCGUUAUUGAAGCUGAUUUUUUUGCCCAUAGACUCUUCUAAGAGCGAGAAAGCGUCUCAGCCCCCACCCAGUCACUGUGAUCCCCAGAACAGCUAUGAUACCCAGAGCAACCAUGACCCCCAGAACAGCUAUGAUACCCAAAGUAGCCAUGACAUCCAAAGCAGUCAUGACACCCAAAGCAACCGCAGGGAAACUACCCCUCCUAGUAAUGAAGUUGCCGACUCCACCCCCAGACAAGCGUCUCCUCUCAAACUCUUUGGCAACAAGUACAACACAUUCACCAAGGACAAAUUAUCGAACUUGCUCGACAACUUGCGACUGGAUCCUUCUGCAAUCUCUAAGAACGACCGAGAGGCCCUAGCGCUUGUGCUCGACCAGCACCAAGAGGAGCUAGAGGAGGAAGCAGCUCCUAGUACCGCAUCUCAUCUGUCUCUCCGCGGUGUGGAUUCAACGGAAAUGAUCUUCCAGAAAGAUGCGGCAGAUAUGUUUGAGAGACUCAAGUUGGGAUAUAUCGCCCCAGAGGUAACCACCGCACACACUAUGGGCUCUGGCGGUGAAUCGGCAAAAUAUCCCGAACCCCGACAUGGGUUGACAAGCAGGCCCUCCUACGACAUUGGAAUCGCGUCAGUAAGCCAGACCUACACCCAGAAUCACCACCUAGACAGCGUGCGACAGAAGGGGAGCAAUUCAUCGAGCUUGAGACAGGUUCCAGAACUUGAUGAGUAUGGAACGUCGCUCACAUUUUCCGAUAUGCAAUCGGGUAAGGACGGGGAGCCCAACUCCUCGCGUACGAUCAGCUACAUGCGAAACGACUUUGUGAAUGGCGACGCUGAAUUCAAUGGGUCGGAGUACACAUCCGAUGGCGACUUUGAAAUAGCGCAGUCCACGGGGUUGGGUUCUUCGAUGGUGGAGGAACAACCCUCUUUAUCACUGCCGAUGCGGUACUCAUCGGUCAUUCAUUCUAAGCCAGCGACUCUAGGAGACUAUCCGUAUGAGCGCAAGUCCUCUGCUGGGUUCAUCAUCGAGGAAGAAUCAGAAGGCGAAGAGGAUGAGUCUGAUGCUUAUUCUGAGACGGGGAACCUCACGGGCGAUGUUUCCCGCAUCCAAACCCCGCACAUUAAACGGCCAUAUCUGUUUCCCGAUGCUGACCCACCAAGCCAGACCCGUACCCAGCUAAAGGGGUUUAUCCCCCAGGAUACAGCACUCCCUCAAACCUACAAUGAUAUGGUUUACGACGUGCGAGACAAGAAGUGGUCACGGAAGCGAGGCCAGGCCACUGCAAGUGAAGAUGAGCAAAUGAGUGGCAGUUUGGAUCACUUGAGCACAAUUCAUAACGGGUACCAGCCGGAGAGUGAUGCCGUGAACCCUUCUACUCCAGAGAAGGUCAAGACUCCUAAUAAGAGGGGAUUGCUUCGGGAUGACAUUCAUGGCAGCAUUUUAAAGACAGAACGCCAUUUGCGGACGAGAAACUCUAACAGCGAGUUGAACAUGUCCAAGAUGGAAGUGUCAUUUGCCGUGCCGCAUGAUUCCAGUUUGGAUGCGGAAUCACUCCUAUCUCCUCCGCGAAAAACAGCGCCCAGAUCUGGCUCCCUACUUGACUACAGCUCAGCCAAGAUCACCAAAGUGGGAAACGUGUCUUCAGCGGCAAACAUCACCCAGGUGUCGCAGCUCAAUGAUGUCACGUUUUCCCAGACCAGAAAGAAUCUUGUCCAUACGAUCACCGAGUGCCUUUCCCACAUUCCUAACUUUGAGGCGCUUGACUGGGACACCUUACGGGAGAUUGAUAUGUCGGGCCAUGAGUUGGAUAGUCUCAAGGAUUUGUCCAAGUUUUUGCCCCUGUUGCAACAUAUUAGUGUCUCUCGCAACGCCAUCAAGUUUUUCAAAGGCAUCCCUCGUGGCGUGUUGACUAUCGUUGCUCGUGAGAAUGCGAUUGAAAAUAUCAGUUCCUUCCAUGAGUUCCACGACUUACAAGCGUUGGACUUGUCGAGCAACAAACUUUCCAGGUUAAACAACAUCCAGCACUUGAUUCAUUUACGGGAGUUGACGGUAACAGGUAACCGCCUUGACUCCAUUGAUGGUUUGCAAAACCUAUCCAAUUUGGCCAGGUUGAAUCUUUCCAACAACAACUUAUCCGGAACCAUCGACUUUACAGGGUAUCAUUUGCAUACGCUACAGGAGGUGAGUUUGGCGGAAAACUCGAUCACGGAGAUCAGGGGGAUCCGUGACUUGCCUGAAUUGAGAAUUCUUAACCUCGAUGAAAACUUGCUAGCCGAGUUCGGCAUUGACCUAGAGUCCAGCUGCGCCCAGUUGAAAAAGUUGCUGGUGAAGUUUAACAAGAUCCGUGUGUUGAACCUCGAAGUCAUUCCUGCAAUUAGAGUCCUCCGAAUUGACGGGAAUAGCAUUAGAUCUCUCGGAGAGAAUUUCCGUACCCUGUCUCACGUCAAACUCCAUUACAUCGAGGAAAUCUCCGCCAAGUGCCAGUCGCCCGCGGUCCUUCAAUCAUUGCUCUUGUACAAGGAUGUCUCCAAGUUGGACUUGUCGGGAAACAUCACAAACUACAGCACCGGCCAAACCUCCAGCACCAUCGGCCUUUUUGAUAUGGGGAAGCUCCCAAGAGACUGCUAUUUGAAUGUCACCACGUUGAACUUGUCAGCUAUGAAUUUAACCCGGUUGCCUCAUAUUUUCAGCACCCAAUUUCCCAACGUGCGUGAGUUGAACUUGAAUUACAACCAGCUAAGCGACCUCUUACCCUUGGCCGGGUGCAAACGUUUGGCGAGGUUGUGCCUUGUCAGCAACGAUCUCACGUACUGCGAGCCUUUGGUCAAAGCCCUCUCUGGUUCCCGCAAGACCCUUCGUGUGUUGGAUUUGAGACUCAAUCCGAUCAAUGGUGGAUAUUACCCGUACGUGUUUAACCCCAGAGAAGACGAAUCCCGAGUCGAUGAGACAAUCCAGAACUACAGAGCCCGGUCCGGCGACAAACGUCACAGCCGCACUUCCAAAAGCCCUGGUACUCCGUUGAUCACCCUCAACACCGUCGACGACAUUGAGAGUUUUUCCAUUCUAUACGAUACCAUGAUGAAGCCUGACGGAAGGCGUGACUGGAACGAACGUGAUCUUGAAUACAGCCGGGUGUUGCGGUCCAAGGACUACGCAACUUGGUCCAAAAGACAGGCGUACGAGACGUUGUUCGUUAACCUUUUGAAAGGCAUGCAAGAUUUUGAUGCGAUAAGGGUGGACAGGGGUAAGCGCAAAGACUUGGAAGCCCAGUUUCGUAGACGGAGUAGGUGAUGGCCCGAAGAUUUAAAGUUUGAUAUAGAAGUUUUGAAUAGUGCCUUGUAGGUAAUACAAAUCCCAAGUCUCGAG